GUGAAUUUCCCUCGCGUUUUGAUUCAGAGCUGUAGAAUCCAUGGCUUCCUACCCAAUUUGCCGAAAUCCCAAAGCCAGAAAACUGGUUAAAUCUAUCAAAGUCGGGGCUUCUUAUCCUUCUUCUUUGGCUUCUUCUUCGUCCUCUUCGUCGCCUUCGCAAAGCCGUGCGAAGCUCUGCAAUCGAGCGAUUCUCGAUCACUGGACAACGAGGUUUUUGUUGCAGAACCAUGGGAACUUCAAGCGAAGCGGAUCUCCGGUUCGGAUCAUGUUCUAUGGCAGCGGAAUGUGGACGGAUUUCCCCGGCCGAGUCGUGGAUUCUCUGCGUUCGGUUUUCGUGGAACGGAGGUCGGCGGCCGAUGUGGUGAUCGGAGGUUCGAAUUAUCUCUUCGAUUUUCUUCGUAUGUUGCAGGUUGAUUUGAGCUCCGGAAAUCGGAGAUCAAUCGCGUGGAUUGACGAGGGAGGUAAGUGCUUCUUCCCGAAGGAAUUUGUCGGCGAGGAAUUUGCGAACGCGCAGGAGAAUACGAAGAUUGAGAUCGAAAUCCGAAUCAACGCGAGGUCGGAGGAGAAAUUGGGGAAGAGGACGAGGGAAGCGAAUGAGGAGAACGAGGUGACGUCGUCGUUUAAGCUGGGAGAUACGGCGAAACGACAGCGUAUUCCGGAUGCUUCCGAUUCCGAAUCUCCGAGGUGGCCGAACGCCAAACUGUUGACAGAAGGCGACGGCGCUUAUGCAACGGUGAUAAAUGUAUUCAUUCCCGGGAUUAGGAAAAUUCAUCCCGGAGCCAUCAUCACCGCAAUUCAUCAGUGCGCGCGCGUGGGACCACUGGAGAAAGCUCGCCGCGAAGUCUUCUACAAGCAGAUGGAGAUUACUAAGGCUGCUCGAGGAGCGGCGAAUGUGGUUUACGCUUGGUAUGGAGCGUCGGCGCAAGCCAUUGCGGGCGUUUUGGCACAUGGGUUUGGUGUGUCUAGCAAGUUCUCUGGGGGUGUCUAUCUGUCUCCCCUAGCCAGUCCUUUUAGAAGUACUAUGCAACAGGAGGCCGAUGAUAAUGGCGAAAAGCAUCUCAUAUUGUGCCGGGUUAUAUUGGGUAACGUUGAAAGAGUUGAGGCUAGUUCUCAACAAUGUUAUCCUUCUAGUACUGAGUACGAUACGGGGGCUGAUGAUCCGAAGAACCCCAAGUGGUUUGUUGUCUGGCUCACCAAUAUGAGCAGGCACAUUCUUCCGGAGUGUGUUGUUAGCUACAAAUCUACUGAUCGUUUGCCAGCCAAAUUGGGGGCUUUUACGCGAUCUAAGUACACAUUUCCAGAGUUAUUUUCGAAGAUUAAGAAUUCCCUUUCUCCCGUGAAAGUUCAGGAAUGCAUAACUAUGUACGAGGCACUCAAGGCGGGAAAGAUAGCAAAAGAUGUUUUUAUCAAGCAGUUCCGUUCAGUUUCGGGGGAGAAAGUGCUGGUAUCUGCGAUUCGGGAGAUUUGUGGCGCUGAAUGAGGUUCUAAGAGGAUGUUAUCUCGUUUAAUAGAAUUUUGAUUUAGAAAUAAGUUGGUCAUGGUCUAUCCAAUGGAUAGAACCACAUGUAGUCCUGCCUUAAAACUAGGAUUAUUUAGAAAGGGAUUUACACAAACUAAAGAACAAUUCUUUCUCAAUGUUUUCUUUUUCCUCCAUUCUUCGUGCUACACAAAUGUAGCUAUUACACAUCAAGUUCAUUGGAAAAAAGUGUUCCUUUUCUCAGCAAAUACCAAUUUAGACUGUUCUGUAAUAGUUUCCAAGGAUUUCUAGGACACAUGUAUACAAAAGAAAAUCAUAUAUACAAUGAUCAUGACUUGAUUUUUACUUUUUACUAUCAUAGUUAUGCUAUAGUGAAUUGGUUUGUAAUAAAAUCUUCUAUUGUCCCCCUCGAACAAGGUAAUUAGAACGUCCUUGUGUUGUUCUGGAACUUGAAAUUCA